CUCCGCCCUGUCUCUGGCGCUGGGCCCCCUCCCCCGCCUCCCCCUCGCGCUCCUCGCUCCCCUGUCCUCCCCUCCCCCACCUCACGGGGCCCCUCGGCGCGCUCCCCGUGCCCUGCCCUCUUCCUGGGACCCUGGAGCGAGGACAGGCCGAAGGCCCAGCUUCUGAAAGGGGGGUGCACGUGGGCAGCAGGCGCUCGAGGCGGUGGUGCAUGCGGGGAGAUCCAUGGAAGCCAAGGAAGUGCCUGCUGCCCACCACUGCGCCGCAGACUCUGCCACCGGGGAUGAGCCCAGAGCCCUCCCGGGCACAGAGCUUAUCCCCAGGAGAGCUGUCAGUCGCUCUCCAACCUGCGCCCGCUGCCGAAACCACGGCGUCACUGCGCACCUCAAGGGCCACAAGCGCCUGUGCCUCUUUCAGACUUGCGAGUGUCACAAAUGUGUCCUCAUCUUGGAGCGCCGAAGGGUCAUGGCUGCCCAGGUGGCCUUGCGUAGGCAACAGGAGGCACAGCUAAAGAGGCACCUGGCUCAGGGACUCAUGAGGAGAGGGGCGGCCCCUCCCAAAGUUCCUAGCCAUGCCAAGAAGGGAGCCACUCGACCAGGGGUCCCCUCUGGAAAGGAGAACAUAGCACCCCAGCCUCAGAUGCCCCAUGGGGCGGUCCCACUGGCACUGACACCCCCUGGGAAGGAUAACUCCCAGGGGCCUCUGCUGCUCAGCCGUCCCCCAGAAGCCUUGCCUUUGUCCUGGACUCCAAUGCCCCCAGGCCCUUGGGCUCCUGGACACUGGCUUCCUCCAGGCCUUUCCAUGCCACCCCCAGUGGUGUACCACUUGCUAUACCAAGAACCUACUGUCCCUCUGCAUCCCUUUUCUGACUUUGACCCUGGCACUCCCCUCCGGCUGCCCACUCAUGGACCCUGCCCAACCUGCCCAGGAUCUUGCCCGAUACUGAUGGCUCCUCUUUCCAGAGAAUCCCAAGGGCCCUCUGCCUUGCCCCGCACAUGCUCGACUCUGAUACUCGAGCCCUGUGGCACCCCAGACCCUCUUCUGCUGCAGCCACAGGCGCCUGCAGCCUCUCGCCUAGCCUGGACCUCUGCCCCCUCAGAGCGGCAGCUGCAGCGGGAGGCAGCUGAGGCUCUUGUGGGUCUGAAAGAUUCUUCCCAGGCUCCCCGCCUGACCUCUUCUGUUCCUCCCAACCCUGCCUGGAUCUCCCUACUCCACCCCUGUGGCCCACCAGGCAUGGGUACGAGUGAGGAAAGCUGCAUGGAAGAAGGAGAUGAAGCUGGAGAGACUUCUGAUCAUGGAGGUGUGGCAGGCCAGACUUGGGCAUCUAGAGCAGCCACUGUGCAUGAAGGGGAGCCAGGCUCCUGCUGGAGGAAGAGGAUUCCAGCCUGUUGGCCCCUCUCUCCGCCCCAGCCCAGCCCCCUCCGUAGCUCUGCAUAUUGGGCAUCUGGGCUCCAUCUCCCUCCUAAGCUAGAAGCCCAGAGGUUGAGACCUCACUUGAGCAAGGGGCAAGAGCCUGCAGUCACCGCAUAUUUGGUAUUUUGCCUCUGGAUUUAUGCAUGGAACAUAAUAUAGUGCCAGCUUCCGGCUUUUUUUUUUUUUUUUUUAAGCUUUAUUGUGCUUUGUUAGCUUUCGGUUCCUUUUGUAGUGUGGGUAUUUCCUUGACUGAAAGUGGAUAUCCUCUUACCCACUUGGGUCCGGGGACCUUUUUAAAUACCCAACAAAGUGAGAGUUAUGCAAUUUAAGCUAACAAGUAUCUAAAUAGGUUUUUGCAUGAGUUCAUGUUCCAGAAUAUUUGACAUGUGAUUCUGUACGUACUUGUGCACUUAUGUCUGUCUCCAUGCGUGCAGAAACAGGAGGGUAUUUUCAUUUUGUGUCUACGUUUGGGUGAGUAACGGAAAAAUAAACCUUUGUUGUUUUAAGCCA